GUUAGCAAUGAAAAUUUUGUAGUAAACUAAUUGAAAAAAUAAAUUAAAAAUAGUUAUUCAAAAUUACGUAUUCACUGAAUUUAAAUUCCAAAAGUUUUGUUGAGAAAAAUUUCACACGAUAUACAAUUUGGACUGUUUGUGUGCCAUUUUCUGUGACCUAUCUGAACAUUAUGGGAAAACAUAUUCCGGGAAAGGAGCUACGGCAAUGUGUUGGCAGGGAAAGCAAGACUCUCAUUGAAGUGCCUCCAUUUUCAUAUCAAGCCAUACAAUCAAAUACAAAAGUUAAGGAACCACAGAAGAUCUAUUUAUAUACACCCAGGCCACCUAAAAAAACAUUCUUCAGGAAAUACUACAUAAGGGGCGAUAUUCCUGUGUCCAGCACUGGAAUGCCCAUAAAGCUCCAUAACCCCAAAAAACAAUUUCCCAUUAAGUGGGACUGUGAUCCAGACAAAUUGGACUAUUGCUAUUAUUUGCCAAUAUUUGUUGAUGGAUUGUCGGAAUACGAUUCACAACUACGACAUAUUGCACUAUAUGCUGCAAUGGAUUUGAUAUUGCGUGGACCAAAUAAGAUUCUUCCCGUAGUACCAAAGCUCAUUUUACCCCUGAAGCGAGCAUUCAACACAAGAGUUAAAAAAAUCAUCAUUGGUGCACUCAAGGUCCUUCAAAUGAUGGUAAUCCUAGGUCCUUCCGUUGGACAAGCACUUGUGCCCUACUUUCGUCAGUUGCUGCCAGUUUGUAACUUAUAUAAGCAAAUCAACGUUAACCUCGGUGAUGGUAUUGAUCGUGACCGUGAUUUGCGAAUCGGUGACGUCAUUGAGGACACUUUACAAGCACUUGAAAGAUACGGCGGCCCUGAUGCUUACAUAAACAUCAAAUACAUGAUACCAACCUAUGAGAGCUGCAUGUUGAAUUGAACUGGAACGGAGGCAGAGUAGUGAACUGGAAACUAGGAGCGCUAAGCGGUAAACGGAGAAUGGUGACUAGUACAACCAUCUGAUGUGAUUCUCAUCAAAUUCUAUAUAUCCUAUAGUGUAUAACUUUUAAGGUCUUUCGAGCAAUUAAAUAAAACCUGGUUUCUUAUAUCACCUUAA